CGCUGCUGUCGCCCGCACUUGCUGCAGCCUCUAUACAACCGUACUCCUCAUGAUACUUCAGACGCCGUUCGUUCAUCCAUGUGGUCCUGCUUUUCCAGCCCUAGGCGGCCCAGGUCGCAGCAAAAGGCAGGAUGCAAGCCACCUCUCCGUAAUGGCGGAUUAUGCAAGCAGUAAGCAAGCCCUUGUCUUGACAUGCAUAGUAGAUUCAGUAUAUCCGGACGAGGCAGGCCGACUGGUUGCAUGGUUAUUGGCGAGUGAAAAGAGACGCAUCUCUUACUGCAGCCCACAUCGGAGCGCCCGGAGGAGAAAAUCCGCCCGCGGAUUGCUGUGCGCAUGAGUUUCAAUUGAUUCUGGCAAUUCAGACGCGUCACUCGCGGUGUGUGGAGGAGUGAGUGGGUGCUUAGCGGCUAGUUUCGACCAUGCCCGAUGUUGCUCCUCCACACUUCUUCCGCCAUCUCCUGGGCCAAUUCCUGAUUUUCAUCGCCUCAUCUUUUCAUCGAUCGAACGCACAUCCAAAGACAGACAAGGGUCGCCGUGUCCAAUAUCCCGUACAUAGGCGCGUACCUGAAAUGUUGCAUCUGCACAUAAGCACCACCUCACCUUUGUCCGUCGUCAAGACAGUCAGUCGGAUCGAUAAGACUUCACACAAGCAAGCGCCUACAUGUUGCCUGGACUACCUAAAGGUCCACGCCGCCGCCGCCGCUGCCACCACUUUGGUGCACCUUCAGUUUCUUAACUAUCAACUUGCUUUGGGCGGUUCCGCCCGCAUCAAAAAGAUGCCCCCAUCUUCCUCACGCUACACCACUGGUGGCGGGCAUGUUCCUCGGCCCGGGCAGGUCCAUCUUCCUAAAGACGGCUUCAGCCAAGACCAUCGCCAGGCUUGUCAACGCGACCCGGAGCGCCAAAUUCUCUGGUCUAGUGGCAAGGUUCCAGCCGCCAUUCAGUCCGCCAUGCACAAUCGCCGCUGCUCUGGUGCCGACGCACCCAAGUCCACCACCAAAGACAUCAUCAAGGCCACCAAGACCUACGAGAAAUCCGCAACUACAAACUCCAAGUUGUACCACUUGAGACAAGAUAAUAUUCGAUGCACCCGCUCCAGCCUCCGAGACCCGUCCGACCCCAAACUCUCAAGACUUCACAAAGACCUGUCACCGCCUCGUCUCUAUGGCCCCCAUCAUACCUAG